GUUUGGCAGGUUACUGUUUUGUCUUUGUUAGUUUUUGGUUUUUGUUGUGAGCUGUGUUCUGCUGUUCCGGAAAUUAUUAUUUUAGUCAUAUUUUGGUAAAUCAAUUUAGCAGCUUCCAAAAUGUCUCUUUAUCCGUCGCUGGAAGAUAUGAAUGUGGAUAAUAUGGUGAGAAGUCAAAUGGCUCAAGUACAUGCUCCUCCACCAUAUAACCCAAUGGCUAUGCAAAGACCAACUACAGGACAGGUCUAUCCAGCACUUGCUGACUACAUGGGGCUGGAACUAUCCCAAGAUGCUAUUGCGCUCAAUAUGCCAGAAUAUCAGAUUCAAACUAUGCAACCAUCAGGCUCAUUAGCGACAUUAGUUGCACCACUUUCAUCACAAUCUGUUAGCUUGGCCAAAGCUACUGUUACACAAGCUAUACGCCAAGUUAUACUGUGCAAAGACCGUGAUGGUAAAUGUGGGUUGAGGCUCCACUCUGUUAACAAUGGAGUGUUUGUUUGUUAUGUGGCUGAUGGCAGCCCGGCAGCUCUUGCGGGGUUGCGCUUUGGGGAUCAAGUACUGGAGAUCAAUAAUGUGUCACUGGCAGGAAUGACAAUGGAUCAGUGCCAUGCAAUAUUGAAGAAGGCACCAACUAAUGGGAUCACUAUGGCUGUUCGUGACAGACCUUUUGAGAGAACUAUCACACUUCACAAAGAUUCCCUUGGCCAUGUGGGUUUCCAAUUCAAGGACGGGAAUGUUGUGGGGUUAGUGAAAGACUCAUCAGCGGCUCGCAAUGGCCUGCUCACGGAUCACCAGAUAUUGGAAAUAAACACAAUAAAUGUUGUGGGCAUGAAAGAUAAGGAAAUUGCUCGUGUUAUUGAAGCAAGCCCGGCCGUUGUAAACAUCACAAUUGUUCCAGUUUAUAUCUACAAGCACAUGAUAAGCAAGAUGUCGACUUCGCUGUUCAAGGCACAAGACCGCACACCCGCCGUUUAAAAGAUGAUUUUUUUCGUAUUUCGAUCACAUUAUUUCACCUACUAAGUACAUCACAAUUUUUUAUUUAUCACCCUUAUAGAUAUAUAGAUUUAUGUAAUAUAUUUAGUAUUUUAAUAGUCAGUAGGGGCUGUGAGAAUAAAUUCUAAACGAAAAUUUUACCUUGUUAGUGUUUGCGAGAUGUUUUUUUUUAAUUUGAUGGCUUGACGAAAUUUGCAUAUGAGAUUAUGAGUGUUGCUUAUGUGUUUGAUCUGACAGAGUUUGUUACACAGCUUUUACCAGAGAUUUAGGUUUAUUAAAAUAUUUAUAGUUAAGAUUUGUAUCUGUUUACAUACGAUGUGCCAAAUUUGGGCAGUGGCUGAAUUCGUAAUUUUCAAUUGACGUGACAUUUCAUAUUUUUUAAAAAAGUAAUUCAUUAAUUUAUUAAAAGUAUUUCUGAUGCUGGCAAUGAUUCAAUUUGUAUGAAUAUAGAAUAUCAAAUAUAAUUCAUAAUUACAUUCCUAUUCAUUUUUAUAUGACAGUUUUAUAAACCUUGUUGUAAUUAAUGUUAAGUUUAACGUACAUAUAUUGAAAAUAAUUAUAAUUUCACAUUUUAAGACAAAUAGAUUUAUAAUGUAGUAAAACUAUGCCAUAUGUAUGAGUAAUUUUUAAUAUGCAAGUUUUUUUCUAAACGCAAAUAAAUGUCCAAA